GAGGAGGAGGAGAAGGAGGAAAAGAUGGCAGCUCCAGCACAGCAAAGUCAGGGCAUUCCAGCGGCAGAAGAGGAGGAGGAGAAAGAGGAAGAGGAGCACCACAGGGAGGUGAACCACAUUCUGCCCAUUCCUGAUGUGCCAAUCCGCACCAGCACCGCCGCCGCUCAGGGAACUCACUCAGAGGCUGAACACCACAGUUUGCUGCAGGACUACAACUCACACAGGGCCAGUCCCCCCCGGAACUACAACUCCCACAGUCCCCUCAACAAGUACGACUCUCACAAACCCAGCCCGCCUCAGAGCUACAAGCAGAGCCCUCCUCUGAGCUUCAGCUCGCACAGGGCCAGUCCACUGGAGGACUUCUUUCCCAACCUCAGAGGCCAGAACUUUAAGAUCCACAAAGCCGGCUCCUCCGUCUCCCCUGACGUCAUCGAGGUGCGCUCAGACAGGUCCGAGAGGGACUUCGAUGACGUGGACGGGGACGACGAGCUCGACGAUGACAGCCUAUCACAGCGCUCCACCGUGACGGACGAGUCGGAGAUGUUCGACAUAACACGAGGGAACUUGGGCCUGCUGGAGCAGGCCAUCGCCCUGAAGGCAGAGCAGGUGAAGCCCUCCGGGCCCAGAGAUCUGCUCCGAGCCCCGGACAUCCUCCACCAGCGCUACUUCACCAUGGACGACAGGCCCAAGCACCUGGACAUCAUCCGCAAGAGCUACUUCUGCAAAGGUAGGCCAGAGCUGCUGCAAUAGGUAGGAGAAGAGGG